CUCUCUCUCUCUACAGAAGCAAUAACCCUUUUAUGGACAAACGACUAGGACUCUUCUUUGAUACUCUUUCUCCUACUUUCUUCCAUCCCUUCACAAAACCACAGCUCAACUCUAAUUCUUCUUCGUUUCAGUUCAAUACCAUCAAGAAAAAUUUGACCAUGGACGUCCACGCUGCUGCUCCAGAUCGAAUUCUCAUCAAUUCAGCAGGAGGAGAUGGGGAUUCUGAGAAAAGGGUGGUCAAUGAAAUGAACUUCUUUGCUGCUGAUGAUCAUAAAGAAACGUCGUUCUCGCUUGAUGUCAAGAAAGAAAUAGCUUCUGUUCCUGAUAGAGAUGCGCAAGAAAUCAAACUCGAUAUUAAUACUGGUUUAAAUCUUUCAACAACCAGCACGAGUAGUAAAACGGAUCAGAUGGCAGUUCUCCGAGCUGACUUGAACAAGAUGAACGUCGAGAAUCAACGUCUAAAGAGCCUGCUUAAUCAAGCCAACAAUGACUAUCGUGCUUUACAGAUGCAUUUGUACACAUUUAUGCAACGCCAACACCUUUUAAAAGCCGGAAACUUACAAUCUCCUGAGAUGGUGAAGAGGAAUGAAGGUGUCACUGUUGCAAAGCAGUUUAUGGAUCUGGGUCAAGCUGAAAAAGAUAAUCAUGAACUUGUUCAAUCUUCUUCAGAGAAUACAAGAUCACAGGAAUUUCCUAUAUCGCCUGAAAACAUCAUAGUUGAGUCCAUGAAGACACCGAAGAUUAACAACAACAGUAACGAAAUUGUUGCACUUGAUCGUUUGGAUAAUAGAGAAGAAAGCUCAGAGCGAGCUCAUACAUCUGGAUGGAUUUCAAACAAAGUUCCCAAGUUUAAUUCUUCAAGAGAUGUUGAACACGCCUCAGAAACCAUGACUUCCAUGAUCAGAAAAGCUCGAGUCUCAGUUCGAGCUCGAUCAGAAGCAGCCAUGAUCUCUGAUGGAUGUCAAUGGCGAAAAUAUGGGCAGAAAAUGGCUAAAGGAAACCCUUGUCCUCGCGCUUACUAUCGUUGCACCAUGGCCUCUGGUUGCCCCGUUCGCAAACAGGUACAACGAUGUGCGCAAGACCGAACCGUUCUUAUAACGACUUAUGAAGGUAAUCACAACCAUCCACUGCCACCGGCUGCCGUGUCGAUGGCAUCGACGACAUCUGCCGCGGCGUCGAUGCUGCUUUCGGGAUCAAUGCCGAGCGCUGAUGGAAUGAUGAGCUCACAUUUCAGUAAUCUAGCUAAAACUGCACUCCCUUUUUCACCAAGUUUGGCAUCACUUUCUGCUUCAGCACCAUUUCCUACUGUUACAUUAGACCUCACUCGUCUCAAUCCCAACAAUCCCUCACAGUUUCAGCGCCCACUAAGCCAAGUCCAUGCCGCUUCUCAAAACUUGCCUCUCAAUUCUGUCACCAUGCCACAUGUUUUUGGUCAGGUUAAUAACGAAUCAAACAAUUUUUUGGGUCUUCUUAGAUCAUUGGGAGUUGAGACUCCUCAUUCACCGCAAAAUCAGAUGCAGGCGCCUGCGGCAAAUGACACCAUUAGCGCGGCAACGGCUGCCAUUACUUCGGAUCCGAGCUUCACUGCAGCUCUAGUGGCCGCCAUCACUUCUAUCAUCGGCAAUUCUCAUCAAAACCAGCAUACUGGUAACAACUCUACAAGUACAAGAAACAACAGCGACACCAACUCGUGACACCAUCAGCUUGAAGAGAUUUAUAUAUCUAGGGUUAGCUACUUUCUUUUUCCUUUAGAAAACCUGCAAUCUUUUUUAUUUUAUUUUAAUUUUUCUUUUUUCACUACUUUGUCAAGGAUGAUAAUCAAUAGGCACAAUCCUUCAUGUUUCUCCUAUACAUAUGUAGGACAUGAAGCAAAAGAGAAUCAAUAGGAUUUGUUCUAACACUUUGAUAUUGUUGAAUGAAUUAAUUACCUUUUGUACAAAGUAAAUGGUGAGUGUUUUGUUUACUG